AUGUGCAGACUUAUUGCUGCUGCAAGAUGGGGAAAAAAGUCGACGAUUGAUUAUGAUGACAUGGGACGACCUGUGUACAAUGAAAAUGGGAAGGCACUACAAUCUUUCAUUGGCUCUGUUGUUAGAUCCAUGGUGCCAAUUAACAUAAAGUCAUGGCCCACUGUUCCAGAGAACAUGAAAGAGAAAGUGUGGGAAGAAAUCUCGAAUGUCUUCGACUUAGCACCACAAAGCGAGGCGACAGUGAUGAGUUCAGCAGCCCAGAAAUGGAGAGACUUCAAAAACAAACUCAACAGUAGGUUUGUCUGGCCAUAUAGAGAUAAUCCUGAAAAACUGAGGUCACCACUGGAGCAGUAUCAGAUCCCAUCUGCAAUUUGGAAAGCUUUUGUCGAUGAGAGGCUACAUCCAUCUUGGGAGAGGCAGAGAAAAAUAUUCAGGGAGGAUGAGGAAGUUGAUAGGUCAUUACUUUGGCAUAAGGCCCGCGAGGACAAAUCCGGAAACAUCACAAAUACAGAGACUGCUGAAGUUGCUGAAAAAAUUGACGAUUUGUUGGACAAGAAAAAGAGGGGAGAGUUCAUAUCUUCUGGAAGCAAUGACGUAUUAACUACUACAUUAGGGAGCCAAGAACAUUACGGAAGGGUUAGAGGUGUAGGGGGAUUUGUGACGCCCCAAGUCUACUUCAAAACUCCAAGGAAGAAGAGGGAGUUGGUGUCAAAGGCUUCGGCUGAAAACUUCAAAGAGCAAGCGGAGGAAACAAAGAGUUUGAAAGCUGAAGUUGAAAAACUCAAGGCUCUUCUUGCUCGAUUUAUGCCAGAAACAAGUGAUCGAGUUUCUGAACGUGUAGCUUCUAACAAAAAGGUAGAUCCUCUACCUUAG